UCCCGGUCCCGCGCCAUGGUGACGGGCUCGGCGCUGGGAAACCGUAGCCGGGACCGAGCCGCUCCGCCGCCGGCCCCGCGCCCCUCGGUGCUGCCGCCGGGGCUGUGCGGCGGGGCGGCGGCGGCGGCGGUGCUGGCGGGGCUGUGCGCGCUGUGCUACGGCAACUCGCUGCGGGGAGAGUUCGUGCACGACGACGUGUGGGCCAUCGUCAACAACCCCGACGUGCGGGCGGCCGCCCCAGUGGCUGCCGCUUUCACCAACGACUUCUGGGGCAAGCGGAUGGCGGAGAACACCAGCCACAAGUCCUACCGGCCCCUCUGCGUCCUCACCUUCAAGUUAAACAUCUUGCUGGCUGGAAUGAACCCCUUCUAUUUCCACGCAGUGAAUGUAAUUCUGCACUGUCUGGUGACUCUCGUGCUGAUGUAUACUUGCAACAAAGCUGUAUUCAAGGACUGUCGACUUGCUUUUGUCACAGCGCUGUUCUUUGCUGUGCAUCCCAUUCACACCGAGGCUGUAACAGGUAUAGUAGGCAGAGCGGAUGUCCUUGCCUGUCUACUCUUUCUGUUGGCUUUUCUCUCCUAUAAUAGGAGCGUGGACCAGCUUUAUGUUGGGGAACAUUUCCCUCCCACUGCCUCCCCAUUCUUUUUGCUGCUUAGUUUAUUCCUUGGGACGUGUGCAAUGCUUGUGAAAGAAACUGGAGUCACUGUGUUUGGUGUGUGCUUGGUAUAUGACUUCUUUUCCCUCUCCUGCAACGGCCUCAAACUGAGGAAUGGGGGCACCCACACAAGACCUGUCCGGCAGCCUGCAGCUUCGCUCCCCGCCUCGCUGCCAGUCCAAUCCCGGGAGAAUGGGAAGCAUCGCUUUGCUCACAGGACUGCAUGGAGCUCCUGCCACCCCGAGGAGCCGCGCAGCGGUGGACUUCGUGUGCCCAGCAAAGCCAUCUGGGUUAUUCGCAGCUACCUGACUGCAAAUAACAACGAGAACUUCUUAUACACUGCAAGACCUUUUUUGAAGAGAGCUGCUCUGGUAAUAAGCUAUGUGAUUCUCAUUUUGUAUUUCCGUCUCUGGAUAAUGGGAGGAUCCAUGCCAAUGUUUUCAGAACAGGACAAUCCAGCUUCAUUCUCACCCUAUUUGCUGACGAGGUUUCUGACUUAUUCAUACCUUCCGGCCUUCAACGCAUGGCUUCUGCUGGCACCCAUUACCCUGUGCUAUGACUGGCAAGUUGGCAGUAUCCCUUUGGUCGAGUCUAUCUGGGAUGUGAGGAACUUGGCCACUGUCUUCCUGGUGCUGGUGCUGGUGUUACUCAGCCUUCACUGCCUAGCUGCAUUCAAGAAACUGGAACACAAAGAAGUGUUGGUUGGCUUGUUGUUCCUGGUUUUUCCCUUCAUCCCAGCCAGCAACCUCUUCUUCAGGGUGGGAUUUGUGGUGGCAGAGCGAGUCCUUUACAUGCCGAGCAUGGGGUACUGCAUCCUUUUUGUCCAUGGUCUGAAAAAGCUGACUACGUGGUUAAAUAAGUGGAGAAUUAUUGUUCUGAGUCUCUUCGUUUUACUGCUGCUGCUGUUCUCUUGGAAGACCGUGAAACAGAAUGAAAUCUGGCUCUCCAGAGAGUCCCUGUUCAGCUCAGGAGUGAGGACUCUACCCCACAACGCCAAGGUGCACUACAAUUACGCCAAUUUUCUGAAAGACCAAGGCCGUAACAUUGAAGCGAUCUACCACUACAAGACUGCUCUCAAACUGUACCCUCGUCAUGCAAGUGCUCUCAACAACCUGGGCACGUUGACCAAAGAUGUGGUGGAGGCAAAGGACUACUACAGACGGGCCCUUCAGUUAAACCCUCAGCACAAUCGAGCUCUCUUUAAUCUCGGCAACCUGCUCAAGUCCCAAGGGAAGAAGAAGGAGGCUGUAAUCUUACUGAGGGACUCCAUCAAAUAUGGCCCAGACUUCGCAGAUGCCUACUCAAGCCUGGCCUCACUGCUGGCUGAACAGGAACGGCUGAAGGAAGCUGAGGAGGUCUACAAGGCUGGCAUAGAGAAUUGUCCAGAGAGCUCCGAUCUGCACAACAACUACGGUGUUUUCUUGGUUGAUACCGGGGCUCCCGAGAGAGCAGUGUCCCACUACAGACAGGCCAUCCACCUGAGCCCUACACACCACGUUGCCAUGGUCAACCUGGGCAGGCUUCACCGCUCCCUGAGUCAGAACAAAGAGGCUGAGGCAUGGUACAAGCGGGCACUGAAGGUAUCCCGAAAAGCUGAAAUCCUGUCCCCACUGGGGGCUCUGUACUACAACACAGGGCGAUACGAAGAAGCUUUGCAAGUUUACAGAGAAGCAGCGUCACUGCAGCCUUCAAACAAAGAGACCCGACUGGCUCUGGCCCAGGUGUUAGCAAUGAUGGGGCGGACGAAAGAAGCAGAGAAGAUGACAAACCAUAUACUUGAUGAAGAUGUGGAGUGUCUGGAGUGCUACCGCCUUCUGUCAGCCAUCUACAGCAAGCAGGAGCACUAUGCUAAGGCACUUGAAGCUAUAGAUAAAGCUCUUCAGCUAAAACCAAAGGAUCAAAAAAUCAUAUCAGAGCUCUUCUUCACUAAGGGAAACCAGUUGAGAGAACAGAAUCUCCUUGAUGAGGCUUUUGAGAACUAUAAACGGGCUGUGGAGCUCAACUCUGACCAAGCUCAGGCCUGGAUGAAUAUGGGAGGCAUUGAGCACAUCAAGGGAAACUACAUCACUGCCCGUGGCUACUAUGAGAAAGCUUUGCAGCUGGUACCAAACAGCAAGUUGCUGAAGGAGAAUCUGGCCAAGCUCGAUCGCUUGGAGAAACGGUUUCAGGAAGUCCAGGAGAAAGAUCAGACAUAGCAUUCAGUCUCAGCAGUGGAAAGGAACUCACACUCCUUGGAGAAGAAUGUGGUAGAAGCCCAUUGCUCAAAGUGACACUGAAGGAAUUCUGGCAGGACUCAGAGUUACGGAAGGCAAUUUUUGAAUGCAUGCUUACAUUUGAUCAAAUAACAGGAGGCACUCAGCUCCUGUGGGACAUGCUGGAGAACGAAUUAAAACCUUCCUUUAAUCAAGAUUUAUGUUUAGGCUGAACCCAUUUUAAUCACACUGUGAGUGGUGAGACAUAUAACUCCAAUAUCAUGGUUAUCACCGGGGAAGCCAUGGAGACAAAGCACUCAUUUAUUGAAGCAGGGGUGAAGUAGCACCUCCUGUUACUCAACACAGGCUUACCUUGUCCACAGAGAGUACCACUGAUGAGCUUUGUUGCAAGUGCCGCUAGAUCCAUCUAAGCCAGGAAGAAUGGUCCUAUAGGUCACAUAAAAAGGUUUCAAGGGGUUGAUGGUGAGGAAAUGGUGGCCACUCAUACAGCUCUAAACGUGACUCGAAGAUGAUUCUAAAGAGAGGGAAAGCAGUAUCUGAAUACUGCCCUGGAAGGACAAUUGAACAAGUGGGAUAAAUGACCCUUAGAGGAAAAACCUCAGCUGAAUGUUUUACGCAUACGAUCGUCAUUUUAUAAUAAUUUGGUACAUGAUAUCAGUAUUGUCAAAUACCAUAUAGCUUUACUCUUUGCUCUCUCCCUGCAGGCCAAAUGAGUACUACUCUGCAAAAAUGGAAGUAUUCAAAGGCAUUGAGAAACUCUAGGAUUACUUGUCUUCCUGUCCAGUCCCCAGUUAAAAAGCAAAAAACAAAACAAAACAAAACCCCAACAAAACAAAAACAAUAAAACUGAUUGGUGUAGGAGGUAAAGUAAAGCCACAGAAUGAUUAGGGAAGAUUUGGCAGGCCAGGAAGGUACUAAGGAGGCUUUUUAUGGGUGUGCAGGGACAAAGCCCAUUUGUCAUGGUGAUAUCACUGACAAAACACUUUGUCAAAGUGUUCUCACCCCGUCCCCUAAGAGAUGCAGAAAAUAAGCUAUAGCUAAUCAGUCAUAAAUCUCUAUUUUUAAAUAGGAAAACAAAUUCUCUUCAGAAUUGGGGCUUUUAUUUUUGAGCUUUAUUUAUUUAACUUAUAAUCAAAUGAUUAAUAUAUUUUCUCUGCUUUAUAUGAAUUGGGCAGUGUCAUUCACAGCUGGCCACGUGGCUGGGCUUUGUCACUUGUACUGCCUGAAGUCAGAAAAAUGCAGCACCACUGAAGUGUGCUUAAAUAAUUCCCCCUGGUGAGAAUUCUAAAGUAAAUGGCUGUGGAGCACAUUGGGCCAAACUUCAUCACAGUAACAGCACUGCUGCUCGUUCUGUUUGUACCAGUUUAGAGAAAGAAUGGAUGGUUGGUGGUGUUGUGCUUGGUGGUCCUGCCUUUGUGUUUAGACAUCAGGGUAGGUCACCAAUUCGUUCUUCUUGCUUCAGAAAGCUGCCCUAAAACAUGUAUUGAGUCUCGCUUGUGCCCAGUCCCUACAGAAGAGCAGCCUUAGGUUUGGCAUUCAUGCAUGUCUUGUCAGGAAGAGCCUGUGUGGGAGUGACCCACAUGUUGCCCAGGUUUACUUAGUGGUGGCCCUGACAGCCCUGUGCUGGCUUCACUGGCUUCAUCUACAACACUUUGUGUCUUGCUGCUGCUGUUGGUCAAGUUAUUGAUGUGAAGCAGCCACAUUUGGUGCUGAGAGAGAAUCCAGGCCAGCAGAGACAUCUCUGCUAUAGCCUGGGGAGCAGCAAGAGCCAUGGAGAGGCCGGAGUUGUGAGGUGCCAGGCCCUGCACCCCAUUAAGGGCCAAGUCCAAGGAGAUCAGCCGUUGCUUGCAGUUGGGCAUAGGCCAGCUCCUUAGGGAGCAAGGGCAAGCCUCUCCCUGGUGGAUUUUCACUCUUUCUUCCAGCCUCCUUGCCUUUAGGGGUGAAAGUGGAUUUGGGGGCUUGGGGAUGGAUCAGCAGCAGCUCUUGUCUGGUUGCACAACUUUUAUAGCCAUAGACUUACUGACCUAACGUUUCUGCAGGUUCCCAGGGCCAGUGCUGCACUUGAUGCCUUGCACGGAGUAGCUUUGCACAGCCCAGGCACUGCCAGGGGUCCUACCAGCGGAAUCCUGUGGGAUACUGAGUGGGGAAACCAGCACACAGAUGGCCUCUGAGAAGAGCUGUUGGUCUCCACAAUGCAUAGCAAAGCUGUAGAGGGUUCAUAACUAAGAUAUUCAAAGGUAACAUGACCAUACUGAGCAGCAGGGGAAAAUAGUCAGGGCCUAGCCAAGAACCACAGGUUCUUCUCAUCGUGGUCAGGUAAAAUGUCCUGCCUUUCUCCAGACAUGUUCUCCAGAGGGCUGGCUGCCUGCUGUGCUGCUGGGCAGCAGCAUGGUUGGGGCCAGCAGGGAUGUGUCUGGUGCAGACCCUGACACGGUGCUGUGCAGAGACCCUGCUAGGAGCCAUAUGCAGAGUGCUCUGACACCCAGUGAAGCAGGGAAUGGGCCAGGGGAGAUGCAUAUCAUCUAUAAAGUUUGUCUUAUAAAGAUAUAUUAAAUAAAUACUAUAUAUUCUACAAGCCGCACAAUAGUGUUGCUUUAAAUUGUGGCCAAUUAAACAUAUUUUUUCAAAUAAAAAAGAAGUUGUAUUUUUUAUAACAGUGCUUUGUGGGGGGGGGGGGGGGGGGGGGGAUGAUUUGGUUUUGUGUUUAUAACUUCAGUUUAAGACUUUGUUUGUCUCUCUUGGGUUACCUGGAACAAAUGUCUUGUUCUCCUAGAACCCAAUCAAAGCCAUCUUGGCCUCCUAAAGCUGGUACAUAUGUAAGUACAAUAAAGCUUUGGCUGCCCCCUCCCAGAAUAUGGAAAAGGAUUACCAUUUUGGUAAUGCUGUCUUCCUUGUAGAAUAACCUAGGAAGAUGAGACUCUCCUUCCAGUGAGGGAGGCAGGUUGGCUGGAAGGCGUGCUGUAUGUUCAUCCUAUCUCCUGAAAGAGGAAUAUGUUAUAACACAUUCAUGUAGAAUAAUCCCAGCUGAACUGGUUAUGUUUCUGUGACAAAAGUCUGUGUUUAUGGUAGUUACUGAGAGGAGAAGGGUGGUUAAUGACCCCCAGAUUCCCAAAGCAGCACUUUAUACACCAUCUAUGCAGGAUGAUGGUCUGCGAGUUGGCAGAGUAUCUGGAGAGUGAUUCAGGCCAUGAGCUACCAAAGCAGUUAAACGCUCGCAAAGUUUUGAGCUGACUCCCUGUCUCAUUGGCUCCUCGAUUGCUAAAAUGCUGUGUUUAUUCAGGAUGUUAAUCUUGUAAAAGAUUUAUUGCAGGUGAAGAAGAGCAAUGGAAUAUAAUACAAAAUGGGUAACCUCCACCAAAAGAGGAUACGAUUGUAAAAGAUAAAUAGAACAACUUAUUUUGUGAUAAACUGGGUAUAAUCCAAAUUAAUCAUAGGAAAUGUCCAUGUCUUCUAGCUCUGCAUGGCUCAUAAAAUAAUGAAUUAUAAAUACACUGUUUUCUGCCAACUGUGCCGCUCAGCAUGGUUAGCAGAGAUUACAAAUUAAUAAAUGGCUGAAGCUUAUCGUAGUGGAGGGGAGUUUGUUCUUUGUGUCAGUUGCAUUGGCUAAACCUCAAUGCUCACCAAUAUUAAAGUGAAGAAUUAACUCAAAGAGGGUGAGACAGCUCCUGUCUAACUCUCACCGUGCAUUUUAAUCCUAAAUGAAAAACAUAAUUGUGUUGCUUUUUCCUUUCCCCAUGAAUAAUGUUUUCAGCUGAUGGAUUUUGUUUUACUUUAUUGCUUAUUUAAGGUCCAACAUUCCUUGCUUCCAUCCCUUUUCCAUCCCUCAGGACAAAUGAUGCAAUGGAGGGGAUAUUUUCUCUCUCUUAUAGAUUACUUGGACUUGACUUCCCUCAAAAUGCGCAGGCAACUUAUUUUGGCCCAACAGUAAGUGAAUGCAGCAGUGAGAAUAGCCUUUGUUCCAGAUGUCUCAGUGAGGAUGGAGGGUGUGUGUAUGCAAGCAAGCAUGUGGGUGUAAAGAAGUCAAAGUUGAAUAAUUCAAAGUAAAGAGCCUAACUGGACACACCUUAAGCUAUCUCAAGCUUCUUAGCAGUUAUGGAAGCAAGCCAGAGGUGGUGUACAGUGUUUGGUGAAGGAAGAUAAUGGUCAUUUAAAUUUUAAUGAUUAGGCCUUUUGCAAUAUAAUUGUUUGGUUGUUUUUUUUUUUGGCCCUGUUUACCCUCCAAACUGGUGCUUAAGUCUCCAAAAAGAAUAUGUGCAUUGAAUUGACCAAGUACUGGGAUGCUGUUAUUCAUGUAUGAGCUUAUUUACAAUCUUUGGAAAAACUGAGCCCUUUGAGGCUUUUUCUCCCCAACCUUCACUCUCUUGCAGCAAUUUCAGAGCUUACCAUUUUGCUUUCACAUACAUUUUAAACCCAGCAGCAAUGGAAAAAAAAAAAAAAUAGCUUGGCAUUUGUUUGUGUUUCAUUGUGGCAAAGUUGCUUCAGAUAAUCUUGCUAACUUUGUGCAGAAGUUCACUGCCAUGUUCGUACUGACUUGCUGAAGUUUUUCUUCUGGAAGAUACCCGCGGUGAUGUCCUAUGUAACUAUUACGGCUUCUACAACCGUAUCUGUGUAGAAAUCUCUGCCCAAAGUGGAUGUCACACCCGCUGUGUGUUCCUCUGUGUGGGAGUUGUUUGCGUUGGCUGUUGUUCAUAUGGUUCUUAUUGCUGUAUCUGAUUUUUUUUUAAGAUCAGUUAUGCGUAUCUUUUCGAAAGAAAACAAGAGAACAGCCCAUGGAUUAGAAGUCUUUUUACACAUAAAUUCACUCUCAACAGCAGGACGUAUGUCAGUGGUACAGGAAUUUGCAAGUCUUUGUUUUUCUCGCUGUGGACGUACAGCUAGAUUUCACAUACAGGAGUUAUGCUCGAAUUUCUUUGCGAAAGAAAAUGUAUGUAAAUGUCUAUUUUAUAUAAAAAGUAAGAAAAGCGAA